GUUACGUGUAACUUGUGCAAAACAAUUGAGUGGAUAACAGAAUAGUGCAAGAAAAAUAAUUUUUAAAACCUCCAUUAGUGGCUUUUAUAGCAAGGUUACAUAUAACUAGAUACGUAGAGAGCAUUUAAGUUUUAUUAACUUGGGCGGGACAGUCAAGUAGGGAAGUCUCGUCUAGUAAGUUUUAUUCAGGAAUUGAAAUGCUUGUCUGCAGACAGCUGUCAUGCAGCCUCCCAUCCUAUGUGUUGUUUUCCUUCUUGUCCACAAUAAUUUACAGCUAUGCUAAAUAAGCACGUGGGUUUUAUUUGUCUUUACUUUUAAAGUGUUGUGCAACACUGAAGUUGUCAGUGCUUGCUUUUUUUAGAGUAAGGGUGGUUGUGUGUGUUUUUUUUUUUUUGUGUGUGUGUUUUUUUGUUUGUUUUUUCAAAGUGUUUUUCCAUGACUUUUAGUAGCUUUGAAGGUAACAAGCUGUAAUGGCAGACUCGAGGGAGAGCAGGCAUACCCAAAAUAAAUCUUAAAACAUUUUUCCUUACCACUUUUAUUUUCAGAGACACCUAACCAAAGGAUAGUACAGCUAUAUCUGUGUUUCAUACCAACAUCAAAUUUAUAAUGAACUGUUACUUUUCUCUGUCUUCAUUCAGGUUUAUGGAGCUGUCUUUGCUGUCUUAAUUUUAGUAAAGCCUUUCCCAUAAAGUUAAUAAGAGAGAAUGCACAUUAAAAAAAAAAAACAAACCAAAAAAGUCUGCUUUAGCAGUCCUUGUUUUGCUUUUGAGUGCUCAAACACUCAAAUAUGAAAUAUGUGAGAAAAAUAUGUGGAAAAAAAGAAUUGCAGAAGGUCAAAUAAGAUCUUUAGAUUUCAAGCUUUGUUUUAUUUUGUGUCAAUUUGGUAAUAAAGUCUGGGAAACAGAUCUUCCAGCUCCUUAGGAUUGGAAUUUUACAUAAACAUUUCACAAUUAAUAAAAACUUCCCAGCAAAAAGGCUUGUAAUAAGUCCUUAGGGUUUGUUGUUUUAUUUGGGUUUUUUAAUAGUUUUCAUUCUCUUCUGUGUUUUGUUUUUGUUUUCAUUCUCAGCAGAGCAGAGAAGUGUGUUGGCCUGGUACAGUGUAACCCACUUAAUGCCUUAGGGAUGGGCUUUAGUCACAAGAGUUAUACUGGGAAGAAUAUGAAUGUACAAGGUAGCCUUCUACCAACAGAGGCUGCUAUUACUAAGAUUCCCUGAAGGAAAAAGGAAACUAAUGCAAGGGAGAAAGAUGAGCACAUUUGGGCAGAAAUAAUUGCUGGAUAAGUUAUUGAAAGAGUGGAAGCAGUAAUAGAGAAGUAGGUUGCAAGGAGAAUGUCAAAUAGCUCCAGCAUUGUUAGCAAUGUUGGACCAGGAGCAGCAGCACCAGAGGGUGUUUUGAAGUUGGCUGAAAGUAAUAGAAUAUUUAAGUUUCAAGAUGUUUAACUGUGAAUUGCUGAGAAAUGUCAACUGUGAUUAAAUCCGAAUAAAUAAGUUUGCUCAUUCUGCUUGAAUUUGGGGAGUGAGUUAGGAGGUUAAGGUUAGGCUUAUACAAGAUUAAACUGGCAGAGAUAUAAAUGUAGAUAUUUCUCCUGACAAAUUUUGCUACUUGACUUUGAGUCUAGCUAGAAGUUAGAAUAAAUGAAGUGAUUUUGGCAGUAGGUCCUGGAACGAUUUAAUGAUCCAAGGGUUAUGUGAACUUCACGAUUCCUUCCCUUGACCGCUGUUUCUUUCAUAGCCCUGAGUCAGGCCAGGCAACUGUGUGAACUAGAAUCCUGAGUUUCAAAGGACUCAAAAACAACCUUACAAAGAAACACCCAAACUUUUUUGGUAUCCAGAUGAGUGGCAAUAGCUGAAUGACAGUUCAUUUUGGGUUGGGUUCAUGUAAGAAAUUACAAGUAAAUUCUAGUGAUAUUCUGGUGUUAGAUCAAGCAUGUCUAGGCUGCUUACAACUUGAGGCAACUUCAGAUAGCCUGUAUUUUCUUUUGGAUAGAUGUUUAAUAAUUUGCUGACGGGUUAUCUUCAUAGUGCAGUGGUGAAAUCACAGAUACAGGAAGGAACACUUGCAAGAUUAGGACCUUGGUAGGUCGAGCUGUAUGACUGAAGGGCUUCCAGGCAACUGCCAAGUGACUAUCAGUAAAAGGGUGUUCCUGAUCCACGCCUCUUACAUCAAUGCCCCGUGGACGGGAGGGUCAGUUUGGAGGCUGACUAGUGUCUCUGCUUGUAACACAUUCAAAAGUACAAAGCUUGUAGCAGCUUGACUUGAUAUCUGGUUGUUUUCCUUUGAAUUGAGGAAAAAGUCUUUCAUGGUCAAACACGCUUGUGGCCUCUUAUGCACUAAUAAAGCGUUCUUGUUCCAUUUAAUUGAUCAGGGUAUAAACCACUACCUCCCAAAUAUAAGAACAAGGAUUGGCUAAGAGGAGAAAAGUGAGAAAAUGUGCUUCUGUCCUUUCUUUUCAGAUUUUUGGAAACUUGCAGAUCUGCUAUAGUUUAACAAGUUUAACCGCUGUAGUGAUUGAGGGCUGAGAAAUGUAAAACCUCUACAAACAGUCUAGGAAACCAGGAGAAUCUUUUCCUGUAACAAUGGCAGCAAAAUCAUCACUCCUUAAAGUUAUACUGCUAGGAGAUGGAGGAGUUGGGAAGAGUUCCCUUAUGAACAGAUAUGUCACCAACAAGUUUGAUGCACAGCUAUUUCAUACAAUAGGUGUGGAAUUCUUAAAUAAAGAGUUGGAAGUCGAUGGACAUUUUGUUACAAUGCAGAUAUGGGACACAGCAGGUCAGGAACGGUUUAGGAGCUUGCGGACUCCUUUCUAUAGAGGUUCAGACUGUUGCCUGCUAACCUUCAGUGUGGAUGACUCUCAAAGCUUCCAAAACUUAAGCAACUGGAAGAAAGAAUUCAUUUAUUAUGCAGAUGUCAAGGAGCCUGAAAGUUUUCCAUUUGUGAUACUGGGUAACAAAGUUGAUAUCGAUGAAAGGCAAGUGUCUACAGAAGAAGCCCAAGACUGGUGCAGGAAUAAUGGCAACCAUCCCUAUUUUGAAACCAGUGCAAAAGACGCCACUAAUGUUGCAGCAGCCUUUGAAGAAGCUGUUAGAAGAGUUCUAGCCUCUGAAGAUAGAUCAGAUCACUUUCUUCAAACAGAUACAGUAAACCUUCACCGGAAACCGAAACCGAGUUCAUCUUGUUGUUGACUUAAAUUUCUUUUUGCCAAAUUACUGUUGACUAGCUUGCCCUAUAAAAGAAGGGGGAAGGUGUAGUAGAUAGAGUAACAAAUGGAUUUCAUUCUAAUAUUAAAAUCGUAAUAUUCUGCUGCUUUCAUGAAGGAGAAAAAGAAAAAUCUCCAUUCAUGAGUGACCUAUUAUUGAAUAAGUGAUGCUUUCUGUUUAGGAAGACAUCAAGUAAAAAAAUAAUAUAGGAAUGUAAUUUGCCAACUUUAUUCAAAUGAUGAAUACUUUGAAUAUAAUUAAAACUUGAAAGUUCUAGAAGCACUACUUUGGAGAAGCUGUUCUGGAAUUCAGGCACAAAGAUACUUUUAUAUGUGUAUAUUUUUAUGAAAUCGGCAUUCCACUUUUCUUUCGUUAGAUGUCAGUUUCUUAACUAUGCUAGAUAUUAAACUUCAGUCUCACUACAUUCCUUUUGCUGUGAGUGGUAUUUCAUCUCUAAUAUGGUUAUUGUAAAUUAAUAUAAAUUAUGUCCAAGUCUUCUAAUUGCCUAAUGUUGCUGUAAUUUGUGUAGGUUUAUAAGUAGGAAAUAAAUUUCCUACGUAUUUAAUGUCCAUUUUUUCCCAUCUACUAUUCUAAUGCUGCACUAAUUUUUCCAAUGGUUUAAUGCAAAAUACUGAUCAUUUUAAAAAUUGUGUGUCCUUGCCUUAAGUCCAUUCUAGCAUGUUUCUAAACAAUAAGGUGAAACUGGGUAACUGAAGUAUAACCUUUUUUUAAAAAGAAAUGCUUUAUUCAUUCAGCUUUAAUAGCACUUGAAAGAACUCACAUUGUGACAGUUUCUUAGGAAAAUUCCUCGUGUACAGCCUUAGAAGUUCCAAACUUCUUGUUCCUGUUAACCUGAGCUAUGAAUGUGUUUACCAGUAAUAUCUGCACUGUGAUAUUAAGGAUUGGCAAUAUGUAGAGAACUCAGGAAACUCUUACAGUAGAUUAUGACAGCUUUCAGCCCUAAUACAGAUAUAUAACUAUAGAUAGUGUUUGAGCUGAAUUUGAUCCUUACUAAAAUUGCUAUUUUAGGAUAUGAACUUGUACAUUUAAGAGAUAAUGUCUUUUAUAUUACUGAAUUAAUUUGAUAAUGAUGAACAGGAGCAAAUUCUGUGUUUAUUGGACAGUCUUUUUUGCAGUCAGGCAGACAAAACUACAGGUGUUUUUGAGGCUUUCAGGUGCAGUUUAAGUGGUAGAAUACUUGUAUGAGAAAUUGUUCAAUAUUGACUCUGAGUAACGGCUGUCCUUGCAAUAGCAAAAUUGCUAGUGCACUAUUGCUUCCAUCUGUAAUCUGACUGCUAACAGGCAUACAUGUGCACAUAUGGUCUGAGAAAGGAAGUCUGAGGCUGCAGGACAGGCCGUGUUAUUCAUUAAACAACUGCUUUCUGUACAGCAACUACUUUGUUUCAAUGGAAAAGCCUUUCUUGAGAGUACAUUACCAGCAAGCAUUUUAUCUUAAAAGUAUCUGAUCAAUCUGUACCUGGUGUAAUUAUUUGGAAGUAAAGCUUGCAAAAACAAA